GGGUCAAACGAAACCGAUUUGAUUAAAAUAUGCGGCAAGUUCACGUGUACGUCAGGAGAGGGGCGUGGCCAUCUGCGUCACUGCAGCCACGUAAUCAGGGAAGUAGGAAGUGCAGCGCACGCCCUUCAGUUGCAGAAACAGCACAAGAUGGCUCAGUUUGAGGAAGUGUCUCAAAAGUCCAAGCUGCAUCCGAAGCCGGAGGGCCUGACGUUGCAGUAUGGCACAGCUGGAUUCCGCACUCACGCCAAACAUCUGGAUCACAUCAUGUUCCGCAUGGGGCUGCUGGCAACUUUGAGGUCCAAAAAAACAAAAUCCACCAUCGGAGUCAUGGUGACCGCGUCUCAUAACCCAGAGGAGGACAAUGGGGUGAAGCUAAUUGACCCCAUGGGGGAGAUGGUGACAGCGGCAUGGGAGGGAUACGCCACACAGCUCGCUAACGCCGAGCAGGACUCUCUUCUCAAAGAACUGAAGGACAUUAUCAAGAAAGAGGACAUCGACAUGAGCGAGCCUGCAAGCGUCUACGUCGGCAAAGACACCAGACCCAGCAGUGCUAGUCUCGCUCAGGCUGUAUUGGAUGGCGUUUCCAGUUUGGGUGGCAAAACUCAUGACUAUGGUCUGGUCACCACUCCCCAGCUGCAUUAUAUGGUGUGCUGCUGCAACACACAUGGCUGCUACGGCAGUCCCACUGUUGAGGGCUACUACCAAAAACUCUCACAGGCUUUCCUUCAGCUCACUCAGAAUGCCUUAAACCGCACCGACGAUCAGAAGAGGCUUCUGGUGGAUGGAGCCAACGGCAUCGGCGCACUGAAGAUGAGAGAAAUGGAGCCGUUUCUUCGCUCCGAGCUGCAGGUGGUGCUUUCGAAUGACGGCAGUAGUGGGAAACUCAACCACAUGUGUGGAGCAGAUUACGUCAAAGUGCAGCAGAAAGCGCCUCAAGGUAUGAAUAUGGGAGAAGGUGAGCGCUGCUGCUCGUUCGAUGGUGAUGCCGAUCGCAUUGUUUACUACUACACCGACUCUAAAGGCUGCUUCCAUCUGCUGGACGGAGACAAGAUCGCUACUCUCAUCAGCACGUACCUCAAAGAGCUGCUCACACAGGCAGGGUUGAACUUACAGAUUGCUGUUGUUCAGACAGCAUAUGCUAAUGGGAGCUCAACUCGCUAUUUGGAGGAUGUCAUGAAGGUCACAGUAUGCUGUACGAAAACAGGAGUUAAGCACCUACAUCACGCAGCGCAGGAAUAUGAUAUUGGAGUGUAUUUUGAGGCAAAUGGACAUGGAACUGUUUUGUUCAGCAAAGCAGCACAGAAACAGAUUCAAGAGCUGGUGAAAGACCCAAACGCAAACGAUGAGAGAAAACGAGCGGUGAAACUCCUGGAGAGCACCAUCAAUCUGAUCAACCAGACGGUGGGAGACGCGAUCUCAGAUAUGCUAAUGAUUGAAGCAGUGUUGGCCAUCAGAGGGAUGUCUGCGCAAGACUGGGAUGCAAUUUACACAGACCUGCCCAACCGCCAACUUAAAGUCACGGUGUCAGACCGGCGUGUCAUAGAUACGACAGACGCAGAGAGGAGGGCCGUGAGUCCAGAGGGGCUGCAGGACACCAUCGACACGCUUGUCAAGAAAUACAAAAGCGCUCGGUCCUUCGUUAGACCGUCUGGAACUGAAGAUGUGGUCAGGGUCUAUGCUGAGGCUGACACACAGGAAAGUGCUGAUAGUCUGGCUCAUGAGGUCAGCCUGGCUGUGUAUCGUCUUGCUGGAGGAAUCGGAGACGAGCCAAAACCUCUACACUAAUUAAACAUGCAUGCAUGUAUAAAUACUGUAAAUGUACAGUAAACUAGUUUUUGUGGCGCAAACAAAUGUUUCGAAUGAUUUGGGAGAUGACAAAUGUCGUACUGUAUGAAUGACCAACAGUCUUUCUAAAUGGAAGUGUAUGAUUAUGAGGGAAUGUUAAACCAUGAUCUAUGUGAACAUACGUUUACACUCAUUUCAUCAGAGAAAAAUCAAGUUUUGCCUUUUUUUUUUCUCAAUUUUACAUGCCAUUUUGAGAAUAAAAGAAAAUAUUCAGUAGUUUGGGGUUGGUAAGAUAUU